CUACAUGCAUAACAACGAAAAUACAAACUGUACCUUGCUAGGUUAGCCACCGAGGAGCUUCUCAACAUUAGCUAGCAAAUACAACUCUUAUUCUGGAGUUUUGGGAAAUGACAGUCCGUGCAAGAAAUUAAGGAAAGCAUUCUCUUUGCAAAGUCCGAAGCGUUUGGAUUAUUUGGUUUGAAUCCGUCUUUGAUUUAAACGAGGUGCAGAAUCCUUCUUGCUUGGUGUACAGAGAAGCAGAAGCACUCAGUCCAGCAGAUCCAGAAAAUGUUAAAGAAAUGAUAGCAGCGCAGGAUUUGCACACAGACUUUCAAUUUUCUCAAGAGGCAGAAUCUCAGUGGUCCUCAGAUACUGACUUUGAGGAUCCUGAUGGCAAAGAUGCAAAGACAGGAAAGGGCAUGGCAGCCAAGAAGGGGAAGAAGGUGCCCGGAGAAAAGACCAAAGGUGGGGGGGCAAGGAAGGCCCCCAGUGCUGGCAAGGUGAACGGCCAUCAUCAGGAGAAUGGGACGGAGAAUAUGACCCUGUUCGAGGUUGUGAAAAUGGGGAAGAGUGCAACACAGUCUGUUGUUGAUGACUGGAUUGAGGCAUACAAGCAGGACAGGGACGUAGCUCUCUUGGACUUAAUCAACUUUUUCAUUCAGUGCUCUGGAUGUAAAGGGGCCGUGAGUGGAGAGAUGUUCAGAAAUAUGCAGAACUCUGAAAUCAUCCGGAAAAUGACAGAGGAGUUUGAUGAGGACAGCGGUGACUACCCGCUAACGAUGUCAGGGCCACAGUGGAAGAAGUUCAGGAUAAGCUUCUGUGACUUCAUUGCGGUUUUGGUGCGUCAGUGCCAGUACAGCAUUAUUUACGAUGAGUAUAUGAUGGACACCAUCAUUUCACUGCUCACCGGACUAUCUGACUCUCAGGUCAGGGCAUUCAGACACACAAGCACACUCGCAGCGAUGAAGUUGAUGACGGCUUUGGUGAACGUCGCUCUAAAUCUGAGCAUCAAUAUGGACAACACGCAGAGACAGUAUGAGGCGGAGAGGAACAAGGUCAUUGCAAAAAGAGCCAACGACAGGUUGGAGCUCCUGUUACAGAAGCGUAAAGAGCUUCAAGAAAAUCAAGAUGAAAUUGAAAACAUGAUGAAUGCAAUUUUCAAAGGAGUGUUUGUUCACAGAUAUCGUGAUUCUAUUGCUGAGAUCCGAGCUAUCUGUAUUGAGGAGAUUGGAAUGUGGAUGAAGCUGUACAGUGACGCCUUCCUCAAUGACAGCUACCUGAAGUAUGUUGGCUGGACAAUGCAUGACAAGCAAGGUGAGGUGCGCCUGAAGUGCGUGAAUGCCCUACAGGGCCUGUUCUACAGCCGAGAGCUCGGCGCCCGUCUGGAGCUCUUCACAAGUCGCUUCAAGGAUCGCAUCGUGUCUAUGACUCUGGACAAGGAAUAUGAUGUUGCAGUGCAAGCCAUUAAACUUCUGACUCUGGUCUUGCAGAGUAGUGAUGAGGUUCUGACAGCGGAGGACUGUGAGAGCGUUUAUCAUCUGGUUUACUCCGCACAUCGACCCAUCGCUGUUUCAGCAGGAGAAUUCCUCUUUAAGAAGCUCUUCAGCCACCGUGGCCCUGAGGAAGAGGGAUUACCCAGGAGGGGCAGGCAGAGCCUCAAUGGAGGCCUUAUCAAAACUACUGUCUUCUUCUUCUUGGAGAGCGAGCUCCAUGAGCAUGGGGCCUACCUGGUGGAUAGCUUGUGGGAGUGUGGCUCCGAGCUGCUGAAGGACUGGGAGACGAUGAUCAGCCUGCUGCUGGACGAGCCUAUGGCAGGAGAGGAGGCCCUGACCGAUCGCCAGGAGACGGCUCUGGUGGAGAUCAUGCUCUGUGCCAUUCGGCAGGCUUGUGAGUGCCACCCUCCUGUCGGCAGAAGCACAGGGAAGAGGGUCCUGACUGCGAAGGAGAAGAAAACCCAGCUGGAUGAUCGGACCCGGAUCACAGAGAUGUUUGCAGUCGCACUGCCUCUGUUAUUGGCAAAGUACUGUGUUGAUAUCGAUAAGGUGACCAAUCUACUACAAAUACCAAAGUUCUUUGAUCUUGACAUCUACACAACUGGCCGUCUGGAAAAGCAUUUGGAUGCCUUGCUGCGGCAAAUCUGGGAGGUCCAGGAUAAGCACACAGACACUGAGGUCCUGGAAGCCUGCUCUACCACCUACCACUAUCUCGCCAACGAAGAGUUCACCAUCUUCAACCGCGUGGACAUCGCCCGCUCCCAGCUACUCGACGAGCUGGUAGACAAGUUUAACAGACUCCUGGAGGACUUCCUGCAGGAGGGUGAAGAACCAGAUGAGGAUGAUGCCUACCAGGUUUUAUCUACACUCAAGAAGAUCAGCGCUUUCCACAAUGCACACGACCUCUCUAAGUGGGAUCUCUUCACCAGCAACUACAGGCUGCUGAACACCGGCCUGCAGAACGGGGAUAUGCCUGAGCAGAUUGUGAUUCACUCACUGCAGUGCACACAUUACAUCAUCCUGUGGCAUCUAGCAAAGGUUUCAGACGGCGGCUCAAUAAAGGGUGAUAUGGUGACCUUGAGAAAGCAAAUGAGAGCGUUCUGCUUAAUGUGUCAGCGUUACCUAAAUGGCAUCAACAACGCAGUUAAAGAGCAGGCCUUCACCAUUCUAUGUGAUCUCCUACUGAUCUUCAGUCACCAAAUUAUGUCUUCAGGCCGGGAACAACUGGAGCCUCUGGUCUUCAUGCCAGACUCCUCUUUGCAGGCAGAUCUGCUCAACUUCAUCCUAGAUCAAGUGUUCAUUGAUCAGGAUGAUGACAACAACAGCACAGAUGGACAGCAAGAUGAUGAAGCCAGUAAAAUUGAGGCUCUGCACAAGAGAAGAAACCUUCUAGCUGCCUACUGUAAAUUAAUCACUUUCAAUGUGGUGGAAAUGAACACCGGAGCAGAUAUAUUUAAACAGUACAUGAGGUAUUACAAUGACUACGGAGAUAUCAUCAAGGAGACGAUGAGUAAAACGAGACAAAUCGACAAGAUACAAUGUGCAAAGACACUUGUGUUGAGCCUGCAAAUGUUAUUCAAUGAGAUGUUGUCUGAACUUGGCUUCAAUGUCGACCGCUCAACAUCAGCCUUCUGUGGCAUCAAAGAGCUCGCCCGACGCUUCUCGUUGACUUUUGGCUUGGACCAGUUGAAGACCAGAGAAGCUAUUGCCAUGUUGCAUAAGGAUGGAAUUGAGUUUGCUUUUAAGGAACCGAGUCCCCAAGGACCAGGGAGUCCACCUCUCAAUCUCGCUUUUUUGGAUGUACUGAGUGAGUUCUCCAGCAAACUACUUCGGCAGGAUAAGAGAACAGUUCACACGUACCUGGAGCGAUUCAUGACGGUUCAGAUGGCCCUGCAGCGAGAGGACUGCUGGCUUCCCCUCAUCUCGUACAGGAACUCCCUGCAGGCGAGAGGGGACGAUGACACCAUGUCUGUCCUCAGUGGGAUCAGCAGUCGGGGGUCCACCAGGAGCAAGAAGCCCAAGCCAGCCACUGCUAACAAACGGAAGUAUCCUGAAGCAGAAGAGAGCAGCUGCAGCAGCAGCGAUGCAGUCUGGAUGAACCGUGAGCAGAACGUGCAGACGCCAGUAAUGAUGCAUUCGCCCCACCUCACCUCCACCGUGCUGAGGGAUCCAAAGAAGAUGCGGCCAGAAGACAGCUACACCGGUGCAUACACCAUGCCAACAGAGCAGCAUCCUCAUCAGCCUGUGCCUCUCCAGCAGCAGCAGCCACACCAUCAUCAUCAGGCUGCCAUUGAUUACAAUACACAGGUUACUUGGAUGUUGACACAAAGACAACAAGCUGAGGCCCGUCAGCAGCAAGAGCGGGUCAGCAUGCAAUACGCCAAGAUGAGGAACCACAUGCAGCAAGCGAUUCGCCGAGGCUCAGGGCUCAUGGAGGACGAUGAGGAGCCAAUAGUGGAGGAUGUGAUGAUGUCAUCAGAGGACCGCUUGGAGGACAUGAAUGAGGGCAUGGACUUUGACACAAUGGACAUUGAUUUGCCGGCAUCAAAGAAUCGCAGAGAGAGAACUGAACUAAAACCGGACUACUUUGAUCCGUCUUCAAUCAUGGAUGACUCUGUUCUCAAUGUUUCAAUGUUCUAAAACAAAUGGAUGCAUCAAAGAGAAUGUGUUAUCAAAUCCUUGGAAGAUAAGAUGGAGGACUGUUCUCUGUGAAAAUCAGAAUGGAGCGAAUUGGACUGCUAUAAAUGGUUUGUGAGACACCAACGUUUGCCUCUUUAACACUUUGUUAAAAAAUGUAGAACGAAAGCUUGAAUUUGAAUUUUAUUCUGAUAUUUUCACACACAGGACUCAUGUCACAUUGCAGCUGCAAUGUUGCAAUGUUUCUGCUUUUGUUCAGUUAACCUUAAAACAACUUGAUGUUAGUCUAGCAGUACAUACAAUAUGUGGCAGGUGCAUGGUGACGGGAUAAUAACAGAUUGAAAUUCAAAUUAGUUAUAUAUAUACCUUUAAUCUUUUUCAUUCAGUAGACAGGAGUUGUCUGAUGUAAAUACAUAGUGGCCAAUAUACAGGAGGGGUGGACAUAAUUUCAUGAACACCAGUUGAUAAAAAUACAAUAACCCUGCAAAAUAAUACUUCAGCAUUCAGUUGUUGUCAAACACUAUAAUGACACUGCACUUUGUCACAGAGGUAUUAAUUCAUGUCUAUGGUCAUUUAACAGCCAUAUUUUUAGAAAUGAUCAUAGGCUCCAAUCAAUUCUUCUCUGAUGCAGUCUUAACAGAAAUUGAACAUCAUAAGACUUGUCAAAUCUACAUUAUUACAGGGCUAUUGAAUUGGACUGCAUUAUAUUGUAAAGGUGUCGGUGAUAUUGUGUUUACCUGCCAUACUUUAAACUGUAGAAUUUGGCAUGGCAUGUAGCCAUAUAUCGAAACAUGUAUACAGUAAAGUAUAAUGUGAACUGGCGUCUCAUAAUGCUCAAAGGCCUUGCCAGAAAUUAUAUACGACAUUCUCAGAUUUCUUUGUGAUGGUAUUUUUUAGAAAUGUCUUUGUUCUGCUUUUAUACCUUAUAGAUGACUUUCAUUUAUAGAUAUUUUGUAAUGACAAUCAAAUGUAAAUGAAUGGUUUCUAAUCAUGUUAUUUCACAUAGAUGCUGAAAUAAUCCUUUUUAAUGAAAAUGAUUAUGUUACUAAAGAUAUGGCCAGUUGUUUGUAUUUUAUUUGAAUCUCUUUAAUAUGGAUGGGGCAGAAGUAAAGCAGUGCUCAAAUGAAGUAAUUUGACAAAUUGAUGGCUGCAGCUAAAAUUAUUUUUUAUUAUUGGGAGCAUUCACAGUAUCAUACAUACAAUUUUGACUCAACCUUAAACAUGUCAUUUCUCCUGUAUCUUAACCCUUUUUUCCACAGUAAAUUAUCUAAUAAAAAUGAUAUGCCAUAGAUUAAAUCUUUAAUUGAAAGGAUUUUUUUAAAUGGGUGAGAAAGCUGUGUGUUUUUUUUUUCCAGUUUGAAAGUGUGCAGAGGAUUUUUUCAAAAGCCAAUUUAUUUGAUGAGCCACUGUUGUGUGUGUGUGUAUAAGAGUAAUAGAAUUAUUCUAAAUAACAGUUUUAGAAUGCUUUAGUCAUCUAUCAUAGUAUCAGAAUUGUAUAUUAUACAAUUAUAGAUGUGUAAUAUAUUGUGAAUCGGUGCUCAUUUUAUCCUCGUUUCUGUUUGCUUGACAUUUUAGGGAAAGUUUAAAUAGAAUGUAACUAUUUGAAGUUCACCUACUACCUUGCAAGUAUACAUACAGUACAUUGUUUUUUGUCUGUUAAUGGAUUGUUGCGAUAUUUCUUUACCUCUGUGUAUAGAUCUGGUGGGCAGAUUAAGAUUUAAUGGGAAAUGGUGUAUUCAUAUUGUAGUAAGAAACAAAACCCUAAUUUUCCUCAGAAGCUGGACAAAACAGAUCACAUUGUUUUUAACAUUGCCAUAUACAGUACAUACUGACUAUUCAUGAGGCAGAUGAGAGAAAAACAUCUUAGAAUUGACUGUAUAUUUACAUUAAUCCUUCAUUUUGAAUCUUUGUUUGCAUUGAACUGCUGAAAAUGUGCAUACAUCUGUGUUUACACAUAUUUAAAUAUUUGUGUAUAUUAAAUUUGUGUUUUUAUUCUA